GUCACCAGGAACCCUCAUCUCAACAAGGGGAUGGCCUUUACACUUGAAGAAAGGCUGCAGCUUGGAAUCCACGGCCUAAUCCCCCCCUGCUUCUUGAGCCAGGAUGUCCAGCUCCUCCGGAUCAUGAGAUACUACGAGCGGCAGCAGAGUGACCUGGACAAGUACAUCAUUCUCAUGACCCUCCAAGAUCGGAAUGAGAAGCUCUUCUACCGAGUGUUGACCUCAGACGUAGAGAAGUUCAUGCCGAUUGUGUACACACCCACCGUGGGGCUGGCCUGCCAGCACUAUGGCCUGACCUUCCGCAGGCCCCGUGGGCUGUUUAUCACCAUUCAUGACAAAGGUCACAUUGCAACAAUGCUGAACUCUUGGCCAGAAGACAAUAUCAAGGCUGUGGUAGUAACAGACGGAGAGCGCAUACUGGGACUGGGAGACCUGGGCUGCUAUGGCAUGGGCAUCCCUGUAGGCAAGCUGGCCCUGUACACGGCGUGUGGAGGAGUAAACCCGCAACAGUGCCUCCCUGUCCUGCUGGACGUUGGCACCAACAACGAGGAGCUGCUCAGAGACCCUCUAUACAUUGGCCUGAAACACCAGCGUGUACGUGGGAAGGAGUACGAUGACUUGCUGGACGAGUUCAUGCAGGCUGUGACAGACAAGUAAGUGGGCCGGUCUGUGCCUUUAGAAAGAGGACUCUUAAGAGAUGUCUUGACUGAAGCCAACACUGGUUUUGGCAGAUACACAAACAAAAGGCAGUAGGUGCCUGUUUUUCCAGGUGUUCUGAAAAAUCCCAACUUGACCCC